AUGCCGUCGAAACGACCGAUUCGGAUCGGGAAUGCGUCUGGGGCCAUUGGAGAUGGGAUAGACCAAGUCUACCGUCUCGCACGCGACGGCGAGGUAGACGCCAUCACAGCAGACUACCUCGCAGAAUUCAACAUCGCCUGGAAAGCCAUCGAGCUCACCACGCGCCCGGAUCUAGGUUACGAGCCCAACUUCCUCGACCAGCUCGCCUGGCAAGAUGGUGCCGCAGCGCAGCUCCUCGCACGCAAGAACAUCAAGGUCGUGCACGAUGGCGGGGCGCUGAAUCCAAAAGGCCUGGCGCAGAAGACAGAUGAGUAUUUCAAGAGUCUCGGGAUCGAGGGCGUGAAGAUUGCAUGGGUCGAUGGGGACAAUGUCACGGGCCUUGUCAAGGAGGGAAAGCUUGGAAAGUUGAUGCAUCUCGACCAGCGCGGCCUGGAGCUGGGCGAGCUCCGAGACAAGGUCCUCGCUGCGAACGUGUACACGGGGAUGGCGGGCGUAAUUGCUGCGCUGGAGGCCGGCGCGCAGAUAGUGAUUUGCGGGCGGUGUACGGAUGCGUCGCCUGUGAUGGGGCUGGCGGCGUGGUGGCACGGGUGGAAGAGCACGGAUUACGCGCAGCUGGCGGGAAGUUUGCUCGCAGGUCACAUCAUCGAGUGCGGAGCGUAUGUGACCGGUGGGAACUUCUGUGGGUGGAGGGAGAUUGAGAGUCUGCACCAUGUUGGGUAUCCGAUUGCGGAGAUCGCCAGGGACGGCACGUGUGUGAUCACAAAGCCGGAGCAUACGAAUGGCGCGGUGACGGUCGACACAUGCAAGGCGCAGCUGCUGUACGAGAUCCAGGGUCCGUUCUAUCUCAACCCGGACGUCACGGCGCGCAUCGACGGCGCGCAGCUCGAGCAGAUUGGCAAGAACCGCGUGCGUCUCACAGGCAUCGUGGGUACCGCGCCGCCUCCGACGUCCAAGCUAGCUAUCUGCCUCCUCGGAGGCUGGCAGGCCGAAGUCUGUGGCUACGCGGCGGGCCUGGACACGCGCGAGAAACUCGCCCUCAUGAAGGACCAGGUUAUGCGGGAGAUCGACCCCAAGGACUUUUCGACCUUCAGCAUGGAGGUGUAUGGGAGCAGUCCCGAGGAUCCAAAGUCCCAGCAGGAAUGUACAGUCACGCUACGCAUGUUCGCGCAGAGCGAGGAUAAGGAUGCAAUGCUCAAGUUCAAGCGUGCCAUCUUCUACAACGGUAUGCAAGGGUACUGUGGCCUGCAUCUGGCGAUGGACUGGAGGACCAUGGAGCCGAAGCCGUAUGUGCGGUAUUUCCCGAGUCUGGUGCCGAGCGUGGGUGUGCAGUUGACGGCAAGCUUUGUCGAUGGGAGAGUCGUCAAUGUGCCACCGAAAACGAAGGAAGAGUGCGCGGAGAAGGUUGCUGAGCAGCUCAACUACGAUCCUGAAGCUCCUGCUUCUCUGUCUUCGUUUGGGCACACGGCGCGGAGACCGCUGGGCGACCUUGUCUUUGCGCGCUCGGGGGACAAAGGUGGGAAUGCGAAUGUAGGAUUCUGGGUCAGGGAGCGUGCGGCGUGGCCGUGGCUCAGGAGUUUUCUGACAAGGGAGAGGUGCGUUGAGCUACUUGGGGAUGAUUGGAAACACAGGUACAGCGUGGAGAGGUGUGAGUUUGGGAGGCUGAUGGCGGUGCAUUUUGUCAUCAAAGGCCUGCUACAGGAGGGGGUAAGUAGUAGUAGUGUGCUGGAUGGAUUUGGGAAGAGUGUUGGAGAGUUUUUGAGAGCGAGACAUGUAGAUGUUCCCGUGGAGUUGUUGAGAGCGGAGGAGAGGCGGCGGGCUACGAUGAAGGGGAAGUUGUAG